CAUGGCCUCAUACCGGACAAGUAUUUGCUGCUCAGUCACAUUUUGACAGGAUGCAUAUCGCUGAUUUUGUGUCUGGAUCAUUUGCAGGGGCAUGUGGAGUUGCGGUGGGCUAUCCUCUGGACACUGUCAAGGUCCGGAUUCAAACCCAAAAGCAGUUCUCUGGAAUAUGGCAGUGUGCUGUAGCAACGUUUAAAAAUGAAGGGGUGCAUGGCUUCUUCAAAGGCAUGUCCUUACCCAUCACCACAAUCUCUAUGACUUCUUCUAUGGUGUUUGGCACAUACAGGAAUUGCCUGCGGUGCUUGAGUCAGGCAAGAGGAGCUAGUGGUGGUCCAAACACCAAACAAGAAGUCUUCCUGUCUGGUUUGGCAGGAGGUGUAGCUCAGAUAUCAGUGAUGUCUCCAGGUGAUAUAGUGAAGGUACGUUUACAGUGUCAGACAGAGUCCAAGCGAGGAGGAAGCAACAUGCCUAGACCUAAAUACCGCGGUCCAGUUCACUGUCUGCUGAGCAUUAUCAAAGAGGAGGGCAUCAUGGGACUGUACAGAGGAGCUCUCCCACUCAUGCUAAGAGAUGGGCCAUCAUAUGCUACAUACUUUUUAACCUACACCACUAUCUGUGAAUGGUUGACAGAAAGCGGCAAGGAAAGGCCAAAUUGGAGUGGUGUGAUGCUGGCAGGUGGUAUAGCAGGAAUGGCAGGUUGGACUAUAGGCACACCCAUGGACGUGAUCAAAGCCCGUCUGCAGAUGGAUGGAGCACGGGAGAUUAAACAAUAUAAGGGUUUUUUCCACUGCAUCACUGAGACGGCUCGGGUGGAAGGAGCCGGGGUGUUCUUCAGGAGCUUAGGGAUCAACUGGCUACGUGCAUUCCCUGUCAACAUGGUUGUGUUUGUCACAUAUGAGGUCCUCACUGGUUUCCUCCAAACUGGACCUGACCAUGUUGACCCACCUCGUAUAGGUUUUGAAUAGUAUUGACUACCUCUAGUCUCAGUUUAUCAUAUUCUGUUGUUGUUUAACAUUGCAAUGCAUUAUUUUUAAGUAAUGUACAUUUUCACAGCUAUCAUUGGAGUUGUCUGUUACAUGUAUGGCUUGAUAUUCAGUUAGACAGGGUCAAGAAUCCUAAUUUGCUCAGGGAUACUUUGUCAGUAGGGGGCAUAGCUGGUACAAGGUAUGAACCUGUAACCUUCUAACCACUAGAUGGCGCCCCUGGCCAGCCAUUUAACUAAUUUUGUUCAAGGCUUAUGGCAAGAGAAGUGUUUGCAUGACUGGAGUAUUAUUUUUUUUUACCAGAAAAGGGUAUCAAGGCACUUUACCACUUUUGAGACUGCUUAAGUGGAACCAUAUUUGAUUAUAUUCAAGACUAUUUAAAGCCUUGAAUUUAGUAUUUCUGAAUGAGCUGCAGUACGCACACAUAAAUAAGCAAGAAACACGUCCAUGCAUAGCAUAUUAUUAUGUCCAUGUUUCAUUUCCAGCUGAAUAGCAAAAUAAUAGAGCUGGAUGAUUUCACUUAAACAUAUCAUGAUAUUUUAAAUCAUUAACUGGAAUUUUUUUAUGAACAGAAUUAUGAAUGUACAGUCUAAAACGCUAAUAAGGUGGUUGCUGUUACAAUGAACAAUGAAGUCAUUGCAACGAGUUCUCAAUAAUGAUGGAGCAGAUCUUUAUUUGUGUGGCACCUGCUUCCUAUCAAAUAUUUGUAGAACUUUUAAUGUUUGGUCAUUCCACCAAAUAAAAAAUAUAGACAUGAACUACAGUAUGAUUACUAAUGCAUGUGUAGACUGCAAAGUUAUAGGUUUGGUUUCAGAAGUGGGGGACACAGUGAAGUUCUGUUUCUUGAAUCAGGGGCUAAGUAUUUCAAUAAUAAU